AUGGACAGCCCGAAGCCCAGUUGCAAGGCCUCCUCCGGUCGAGAGCCAAUUGCCAUCAUCGGAAGCGGCUUCCGCUUCCCCGGCGGAGCAAGCAAUCCUUCCAAGUUGUGGGAGCUCCUCGAGAGGCCUCGCGACGUCCUGAAUACCAUUCCAGAGGAACGGUUCAAUCCAAUCGCUUUUUACCACCCGGAUGGCUUGCAUCAUGGCUCGAGCAACAUCACCCAAUCGUACCUCCUGGAAGAGGACCACCGCCAUUUCGAUUCCAACUUUUUCAGCAUCAAGCCUGUCGAGGCACACUCGAUCGAUCCACAGCAACGCCUGCUCCUCGAGACGGUAUACGAAGCCCUCGAAUCGGCUGGCACUCCGAUCGAACGGCUUCGAGGGUCCUCGACAGGAGUAUAUGUUGGUCUGAUGAAUGAAGACUACAACGAUCACGUUACGCGGGAUGUCGACAACGUUCCUCAAUACAUGGCCACAGGGACGGCCCGAAGCAUCAUCUCCAACCGCGUCUCCUACUUCUUCGACUGGCAUGGUCCCUCGAUGACGAUAGACACCGCAUGCUCGUCCAGUUUAGUCGCGGUACAUCAAGCGGUACAGACGCUCCGCAGUGGAGACUCUAGGGUCGCAAUUGCGGCAGGAGCGAAUCUGAUCCUUGGUCCGGAGCCGUUCAUCGGAGAAAGCAAGCUGAAAAUGCUGUCUCCUGACGGCCGCUCCAAGAUGUGGGAUGUAGACGCAAACGGGUACGCUAGAGGUGAUGGAAUCGCCGCGGUGGUCCUGAAGCCUCUCAGUGCGGCGCUAAAAGACGGCGACCACAUCGAGUGCCUCAUCCGUGAAACUGGCGUCAACCAAGAUGGUAGGACCAAAGGCAUUACGAUGCCUAGCCAGAUAGCACAAGCGGACCUCAUUAGAAGCACCUAUGCCAAAGCUGGACUGGAUCCCGAGAACCCAGCAGAGCGCUGCCAGUAUUUUGAAGCACACGGAACAGGAACUUCGGCUGGAGACGCCGUGGAAGCCGAAGCCAUCAGCAAAGCUUUCUUUGGGCCAGAGUCCAAGAGUGCCGACCCGGACGAUUUGCUGUACGUUGGCUCAAUCAAAACCAUCAUCGGCCACACCGAAGGCACCGCCGGAAUAGCCGGUGUCCUGAAAGCCUCACUUGGCCUGCAGCACGGAGUACUGCCUCCAAACAUGCUCUUCAACCGCUUGAGUCCUCGUGUGGCUCCGUUCUACCACAACUUGAGAAUCGCCACGGAAGCACAGCCAUGGCCGGCGACGGCCGAUGGCCAGCCUCGUCGAGCAAGCGUUAACAGUUUUGGCUUCGGCGGCACGAAUGCACACGCCAUCCUCGAGAGUUAUGAACCGGAAGAAAAAGCUGCAUCGCAAGAACUGGCGAGGCUCACGCCUUUCACCUUCUCUGCCGUUUCGGAGCAGUCGUUGAAGGCCACUCUUGCCAAGUACGUCGAGUAUUUGCGGGGCAAUCCCUCGCUUGAACUCAACGAUCUUGCAUACACGCUUCAGUUCCGCCGUUCACUGCUCCCUGUCCGUGCUGCCUUUGGAGCGAGCUCUGUCAGGGCGCUGACCGACAAGAUCGACGAUGCAUUAGAGCAGUCCAACUCGAACGCGCCAGUUGGUGUUCGAGAGGCUGGGAUUCAAAGCAUCCUUGGUGUCUUCACCGGCCAAGGAGCUCAGUGGGCUGGCAUGGGACGCCAGCUUAUUCAGUCCUCCUCCGCCGUUGCCGCUCAAUUCGAGGACCUCGAGAAGGCGCUGGAAUCGCUUCCGGCUGGGGAGAGGCCGAAGUGGUCCUUGGUAGAAGAGCUUCUUGCCGAUGGCUCUUCGUCAAAGCUUGGGGAAGCAAUCUACGCACAGCCGCUGUGUACUGCUGUUCAAGUUGUGCUGGUCGAUCUUCUGCGUGCGGCCGGCAUCAAAUUUGCCGCAGUUGUUGGCCAUUCGUCUGGUGAGAUAGCCGCGGCAUACGCAGCCGGAUACCUCACCAAGGACGAGGCGAUAAAGAUUGCGUACUACCGCGGUUUCUUUUCGAACCUCGCUGGUGGCGGAGCCCGCGGUGCGAUGAUGGCAGUCGGGACCAGCUUCGAAGAUGGGAACGAACUGUGUGCCGAGCCCGAUUUCGAGGGGCGCUUGCAUGUUGCAGCAUGCAACUCGCCGUCGAGCAUUACUCUUUCUGGUGACGCCGAUGCUGUAGAGCAAGCCAAGCUCGUAUUCGAAGACGAAAGGAAGUUUGCCAGACUUCUCAAGGUCGACAAGGCAUACCACUCCCAUCACAUGGUGUUUUCAUCCGGAUCUUACACACGCGCGCUCCACUCCUGUAACAUUAAGCCACAGGCGCGUGCCAAAUACUCAGACUGCGCGUGGUACUCUAGCGUACAGGAGGGCGUUGUUAAACGUCCGUCGGCCGACCUCGCAGGGGAGUACUGGAGAGACAACAUGGUCCAGCCUGUUCUUUUUUACCAGGCGCUGAGCAGUGCAUGGAAGAAUCAUGGACCAUUCGGGCUGGCCAUCGAGGUUGGUCCUCACCCUGCUCUCAAGGGCCCUGUUUUACAAUCCUUGUCAGAAAUAGGCGCGGGCACCAUUCCUUACACUGGAGUCCUCUCGCGAGGCCAAGAUGAUCUUGAAGCAUUCUCCGCGGCUCUUGGGUUAGUUUGGACCUACACCAGUCGAGCCACCGUAGACUUCAAGGGCCUCCAAGAAUACGUAUCCGGUGUGACUGGAGACAAAUUGUUGAAGGGCCUGCCAACCUAUAGUUGGGAACAUGACCGUCUCUUCUGGCAUGAAUCCAGGGUUUCAAAGGCGUACCGUACCCGGAAAGACGCACCGCAUCCUCUUCUGGGAAACAGGACCGCCAGCGGAGUCGAAGAGGAGUUAAGUUGGCGGAACUUGCUUCGGCCAUCCGAGGUUCCAUGGGUACGCGGCCACCAACUGCAGGGCCAGAUGGUCUACCCCGCAGCCGGAUACGUUUCAACAGCCUUGGAAGCCACCAAGACCUUGGCAGCUGGACAACCAAUUCAGCUUGUGGAGAUCCGCGACUUUACUAUUGGGAAACCAUUGACAUUCGACAGCGAUGACGCCUCCGUUGAGACGUUAUUCACGCUAGUUGUGAAGACACGCGAGAAGGAAGCCGCGUCGGCGGACUUCACCUACCAUGCACUAACGCACAAGGAUGCAACAAGCUUGACGCUGCUCGCUUCCGGUUCCAUCCACGUUGUGUUUGGAGACGCCUCGCAUGACCUGCUUCCUGGAAGUAUGCCGGAGCCUCCUAAUCUCGUUGAACUGGACGAUGAUGUGUUCUACUCCUCACUCGCUGCCGUGGGGUACGGAUACACCGGGCCGUUCAAAGCAUUGACAUCGAUGAAGAGGAAGCUCGGUUACGGCACAGGUCUUGUCGGCAACUUGGCGCAAGACAACGAGCUACUGUUGCAUCCUGCGCUGCUGGACGCUUCAUUCCAAGCGGUGUUCCUGGCGCAUUGCUGGCCGGACGAUGGUAGUCUUUUGGAGCUGCACGUCCCAACAAAGAUUGAAAGCAUUCGCGUCAACGUUCCACUGUGCCGACAGGUGACGGAGGGCACUUCCUUGCCAUUCGUGUCGAACCUAAGCGACUUAUCCAGCUUUGCCAAGGAGAUCAGAGGAGAUGUUGACGUCUUUACGCCAGGUUCUGAGUUCGCAUUGUUCCAGAUUGAAAACAUUAGUGUUGUACGUUUCACAGAGGGGAGUGCUGAUACUGACCGCCAGCUCUUCACCGAGCAUGUGUGGGGACCAGCAAUUCCUACUGGCGAGCUGACAACCGGAGAUUCUGCAACUGCGGAAGAGUAUGAGCUUGCAACGGUAUUGGAACGCGUUGCUAUAUUCUACCUCCAGAACCUAGAGGCCUCCAUUUCCAGAGAGGACAGGCUGAACUUAGAGUCACAUCCUGAGGCCAUAUUUGAUUUUGCCUCACACGUCCUUGGCCGACUCCGGCUGGAUCGACAGCCAUUCGCAAAGAAAGAGUGGUUGGAAGAUACCCACGAUGUGAUAACGGAGUUUAUUGAUCGAUACCCUGACAACGUUGAACUUCAGCUCAUCAAAACGGUGGGUGAGAACUUACCUGCGGCUGUGCAAGGCCUAGCAAACAUACUGGACUCUCUGCUUGCCAACAAUCUUUUGAACCGGUACUAUACCGAGGCCCUUGGGCUGGCGGAAAGUAUCCAGUCACUUGUAAAUAUGGUAUCUCAACUGGUGCAUCGCUACUCGCAUAUGGAUAUCCUGGAAAUUAGUGCUGGUACUGGGAAUGCUACCAGGAACGUAAUGGAAAAGAUUGGCAAAUCCUUCUCCACGUACACGUUCACGGAUGUCUCGAUGGAAUCCUUGGAAAAUGCCCAAAAGACGUUCCAGGGACAGGACCAGCAGAUGCUGUUCAAAUCGCUGGAUGCUGAAAAAGACUUUCAAGAGCAAGGCUUCGAGGAAGGCUCUUACGACCUGAUUGUCGCCUCAUUGGCCUUUCACGCGGACGCGGACCUGAAGAAGACUUUGCAGAAAGUGCGUCGACUGCUUAAGCCGGGCGGGUACCUCGUCCUGCUUGAAGUCACUUCAAACGACUCCAUUCGCACCGGAUUCAUCAUGAGCGGGCUUCCUGAGUUGUGGGCCAGUCGUGACGAUGGCCCUCGCUUCUCGCCAUGUUUGUCCUCCUUGCAAUGGCAUGAACUGCUUUCGGACGCCGGAUUCGCCGGAAUCGACUCAAUCACUCCAGACACGAACACGCUGGCUCGGCCAUGGUCCAUCAUUUGUUCGCAAGCCGUAGAUGAAAGGGUCAACCUCUUGCGCCAACCGCUUGGACAUUUGCAGUCAAGCCUGGCCGGCGGACUGCAAGACUUUGUGGUUAUUGGUGGUCGCACCUUACGAACCCUGAGACUUGCGAACGCGGUCAGCAGUCUGCUUAAGCCCUGGUGCCGUUCUGUGGCUCGGAUCAACUCGCUCGAGGAUUUAUCCUCGAGUAUCUCCCCAACAAGCGUUGUUCUGAGCCUUACCGAGCUUGAUUCUCCAACGUUCAAGGACCUGGACGAGGAGCGUAUGCAGAGCUUGAAAGACCUCUUCUCCGAGGCUCGUACAGUGCUUUGGGUAACCCAGGGCCGCAGGGCUGAUUCACCGUACUCAAACAUGAUUGUCGGCUUCGGCAGGACUGUGGCGCUUGAGUUGCCCGAUACACGCCUCCAAUUCUUGGAUUUUGAUGUCCUCGAUGACUCAAGCGCUCAGAUCCUUGCAGAAGCUCUCGUCAGGCUCCGUGCAGUAGACGUCUGGGAGAAGCAAGGUACCUCUGAGAAUCUGGUUUGGACAACCGAAACAGAGCUGCUGUUAGAAAACAAGAGACUCAUGAUCCAGCGAGUGGUAUUGAACAAGCCACGAAUAGAUCGACACAACGCAUCUCGCCGCCACAUUGUCGAGAACAAGUCUCCUCGGGCCUCCACUGUAACGCUGGGCCGGUCCGGCUUGUCGUGGGCAUUUUUCCAUUCCGAUGACGUUCCUUCCUUGGAGCCAACCCAAGCCACGUCCAGGACACUGCAGGUCAGCAUUUCAUCAGCUACAUCAUUCUUUGGAGGCUACUAUCUCCAAUCUCAAGUCGACGAUCGUGAAAACAAGGUAACCCUUGCUCUCACGAAAGACAACGGGUCUUUUGUGCAGCUUCCGGUAGACGCGGCAAUCGACAUUGAGCUUUCAUCUAGCAAAGCACCCUCGCUCAUGUCGUGGCUGGUCAUUGAACUCCAAGCCGCCGAUAUUCUGUCGCAGGUUCCUGCUGGGUCCAAAGUACUUCUUCACGAGCCGGAGCCAGCCUUGGCACAAAGGAUCCAAGAGAGAGCUCAUAAGAAGGGCGUUACAGCGCACUUCACUACCUCUGGGGAGCCUGGGACCUCGACCCCAUGGAUCAAGCUUCACCCACGUGUCACCAGCCGAGUAGCUCGUAAGAUUUUGCCGCAGGACGUGUCCAUCUUCGUCAAUUGCCCACUGCACUCCGAGUCGGACCCCUUGAGCGGUUCGAUAGCGCAAGCUUUAGGAGUCUCUUGUAGGCAGACAACUUUGAAAGACAUUCUUGACGCUCCUACAGAGGGCAUUCCCUCGACGCAUCUUCAGGCAGCCCUGGAAAACUUGCCAAGCGAGAUCGAGAAGAUUGAGCAGGUCCAAUCAGUGCACUUGAAGAGAGCAUCUGAGCUGGAUCUUACAAAAGAUCUGGAUGAACCGUCCUCUUUGAUCAUAGACUGGGCUUUAUCGACAGCCGUACCGGCUAUCAGACAGCCAAUUGAAGACAAGAUCUCGUUCUCAAAGAACAAGACCUACGUGUUCUUCGGCCUAACAGGUGACCUAGGGCAGUCCUUGUGCGAGUGGACCGUCCGGCAUGGAGCCAGGUAUUUGGUGCUUACGAGCCGCAACCCUAAGCUCGAUCCACGGUGGCUAGAGCAUAUGGAAGCCGCCGGCGUAAUGAUCAAGCUGUUCGCAAACGACAUCACCAACCAAGCGGCGGUAAGGGCAGUCGUGGAGAAAGUUCGCUUCUCGAUGCCCCCUAUCGGAGGUGUUGCCAAUGGCGCCAUGGUUCUCAGAGACACCAUGUUCAUGGAAAUGCCAGUAGAAUCGAUGAACCAGGUCCUCAUGCCCAAGGUCAACGGUAGCAUCUACCUGGAUGAAAUUUUCCGCAAUGACGAUCUCGAUUUCUUCAUCUUCUUCUCUUCUAUAGCGGCUGUGUCUGGCAACCGCGGGCAGUCAAACUACAGCGCAGCCAACAUGUUCAUGACGAGCUUGGCCGCCCAGCGACACAAGCGAGGACUCGCGGCCUCCGUCAUCCACAUUGGUGCGAUUGUAGGCGUCGGCUACGUGACGCGAGAAAUGAACAAGGCCAACCUUGCAGGAUUGAAGAGAGCAGGCUGCGCACUGAUGUCCGAGAGAGAUUUCCACCACUGCUUUGCGGAGGGCGUGCUGGCUGGUCGACCAGCUAUUGGAUCGACUCCGGAAGUUGUGAGCGGUCUGCGGCUGAUCCAGCUAAAAGACAACGACAGCGCUCCUUGGAUGCACAAUCCCAAGUUCAGCCACUGCAUCAUCUACGAUACUGCCAGCCGCAAGACUGACGACGCCGCAACGGAUGGCAUGGUUCCAUUGCAAACCCGCCUGCAUGAAGCACGGACACGUGAAACAGCCCUUGAAGCCAUUACAGAUGCCUUCAUCGUCAAGCUCAAAAAUGCUUUGCAGCUCAGCCCCGAAACCGUCGCUGCGAGGUCUCAGCUCCUCCAAUCUGGAGCUGACGAUCUCGGUAUGGACUCGCUCGUUGCGGUUGAGGUGCGAUCGUGGUUCCUGAACGAGAUGGAGGUCGACAUGCCCGUCCUGAGGGUCAUUGGAGGCGCGUCCAUCGGAGAGCUUCUCGAGUUCGCCGUAGACAAGUUGCCGCCAAACAUGGUUCCAAGCCUCGGAUCAACUGUCGAAGAACAACCUGCUCCAGCGGUCGAAGUAACCGAGCCUCCUCUACCUUCCGUUGAUGUUUCUUCGGUACCGAUUUACGACUCUACUUCAUCCUCGAACGUAUCAGGAUUGAACACGCCAAACGAAGACGAGCCUGCAGCCGAGGAGACUGGCGUGUCAUCACUCAGCUCUUCUUUCCUACUGUCUACCAAAUCGUCAAUGGUCUCGCUCACCGAACCCGUCAUCGAGAAGCGCCUGCCCAUGUCUCCCGGCCAAUCGACGUUCUGGUUUCUCCGCCAAUACCUCGAGGACCGCACGGCAUUCAACGUGACCUUUUCCAUUGAGUUCAAGGGACCGUUGCUUCACAAGGACCUAGAGCGAGCCGUCCAAACAGUGGCCAAUCGACACGAGUCCUUGCAGACUUGCUUCUACGCUGAUGAGGAUCAAAAGCCUAUGCAAGGCAUCAUGAGAACAUCGCGCCUCAAGCUAGAACAGAACAACGUUUCCAGCAAGGAUGAUGUAAUGCGCGCGUUCGAAGCCGUCAAAGAGCACGACUACGACAUCGAGCACGGCGAGACCAUGAGAGUGGUGCUGCUUUCGUUGUCGUCGACAGUCAAUUUCCUCGUCAUCGGCUACCACCACAUCAACAUGGACGGCGUGAGUCUCGAAGUUUUUCUCGCAGACCUGGAGCAGGCGUACAAACAUCAACCUUUCACGAAACGGCCAUACCAGUAUUCCGAUUUUUCCAUGCUCCAGCGGCGCGAGAUCUCCGAUGGCUCAAUGAAGGCAGAAGUUGAUUUCUGGCGCGCAGAAUUCAAAGACCCAGCGCCUCCGUUGCCGUUGUUGCCUUUCUCAGCAACCAAGUCACGUCAGCCGCUCGUGCGAUACGAGCAUAACCGCGUCGACUUCAGAGUUGAUACGAGUCUAGCCGCCAGGAUCAAGGAUUUGUGUCGUCAACGGAAGGUUGCCAUGUUCCACUUCUACCUUGCCGCCUACGAGGUCCUGCUCUAUCGAUUCCUGGGCACCGAGGACUUCUGCAUCGGUAUGGCUGAUGCGGGCAGGAGCUUUGGAGAUGUAAGCAACAGCAUGGGCAUGUAUUUGAAUGUCUUGCCGCUACGCCUUCUCCUGGAGCGUGACCAAAAGUUCGUGGACGUGCUCAAAGCUGCUCGUCGCAAGGCCUACUCAGCCAUGGCUAACUCGCGACUUCCGUUCGAUCUCAUUCUCCAGGAAGUCAACGUGGAGAGAUCUGCUACUUAUAACCCGAUUUUCCAGGCUUUGAUCAACUACCGGCAAGGUGUGAGAGAGAAGCGGACAUUCGGCAAUUGUGAAGGCGAAAGCGGCGAGUACUCGCUCGGCAAGACAGCCUAUGACUUCACGCUGGAUGUUAUGGAGAACCCUGGAGACGAGACUUUGUUGAUGAUCUCCGUCCAGAAGGGACUUUACUCAACCGAAGACGCCGAGGUGUUGAUGAAGAGUUACGCGAUCCUUCUGGAAGAAUUAUCAAAGGCACCGGAAGCCAAUAUAACCAAGGUACCACUGUUCAAGUCCGAGGAAAUCGAUCGAGCAAUCGAGCUCGGAAGAGGUCCAGUCAUGAAACCGGAAUGGCCCGAAACUUUGAUCCACCGUGUAGAAGACGUGGCAAAGGUGCAUUCCGCAUCUACGGCGCUCAAAGACGGCUCUGGAAGGGCUCUCAGCUAUAGAGAGAUGCUUGAGCGGGUUGCCGCAAUCGCGGCAUCAUUGCACUUGGCUGGAGUCGGUCGUGGCUCAGUCGUAGCUGUGUUCCAGGAACCAUCCGCGGAGCUUAUAUGCUCAAUUCUGGCUACCAUGCGCGUUGGCGCGACUUACGUCCCGCUCGACCUACGUACUCCUCAGGCUCGACUGGCAAAUAUUGUCAAUGACUGCAACCCAACUGUAACCCUAGUCGAUGACAGUACACAACCCGAUGUCGGAGGAUUGGGCAGCGCCUCUGGCAAGACUAUCAACACCAGGGAGAUCGUCCUGUCCGCACGCAAUACGGCCAUCCCCAUCGCUGCUCGAGCUGAUGAUACGGCAGUCGUGCUGUACACCAGCGGGACAACCGGUAAGCCCAAAGGUAUCAGGCUCUCACACGCCGGCUUCCGCAACGGACUAGAAGGCUUCUCCAAGGUCUACGGUCUCUACAAAGAAGUGGUCCUCCAACAGACAGCGUUCAGCUUCGACCUGUCGCUCGAGCAAAUUUUCGUCGCGCUCGGCAACGGAGGCACUCUUGUCGUUGUACCACAAGGCAAGCGUGGAGACCCGAGUGCAAUUUCGAGGAUUGUUCUCGAGAACAAUGUGACUUGCACGAUGGCAACGCCAUCGGAGUAUCUGUCGUGGCUCCAAAGUUCAAGCGCUGAGCUUUCGCAGAGUGCCACAUGGCGGAUAGCUUACGCCGGCGGGGAGCAGUAUCCCCUGAACCUUUACCACGAAUUGCGAAAGCUUGGUUUGCCAAACCUGCGGUUGCUGAACGCCUAUGGUCCUUCGGAAGCAACGAUUUCGUGCUCCAAGAUGGAGCUGCAAGCUGAUCAAAUCUCUGGCCUUCAUCGUAUACCGGCUGGGUACACCUUGCCAAACUGCACGGUCUUCAUCGUCGACGAGAAUUUGUCACCCCUACCGGUGGGCAUGCCAGGAGAGGUCUGCAUUGGCGGUGCUGGUGUAGCCAAAGGAUAUCUGGCAAGGGAUGACCUGACCCGCAAGAGCUUCCUGCCAAACAAGCUCGCCUCGAAACACGAGAUUUCCAAUGGUUGGACCACGUUCUACCGGACAGGAGACCGGGGUGUCCUCCGUGAUGACGGCGCCGUCGUUGUCCUGGGGCGCAUUGAAGGAGACAGCCAGAUCAAGUUACGUGGCAUCCGGAUGGAGCUGAAAGACAUUGAAGAGUCCAUCAUGGAGGCAGCAGACGGGUUUUUGAGCAGCAUCGUCGUGACUGCUCGAGGAGAACCGACAUUCCUCGUAGCCCACGCAGUCUUAAGCCGCUCAAACUCUUCCCCAGGUGCUGAAGAAAACGACUCUCGGUUCUUGAAGGAGCUUCUUCGCCGUGUACCUCUUCCACAGUACAUGCUUCCCGCCACAAUCAUCCCGAUAGAGUCCCUUCCGAUAGGUGCACAUGGCAAAGUAGAUAGGAGGGCAAUCGCGAGCCUUUCGCUGGACGGCUAUCAACCAUCAAACAAGCAGGAGUCAUUUGAGCUAACGCAGAGAGAGACGGAGAUGCUCGAUGCCUGGAAAGAGGUCCUGCCGACAGACGCAUUGCAGUUCUUUACAAUUGGACCGGAUGCGGAUUUCUUCCAGGUUGGCGGCAAUUCCUUGCUACUGAUCAAGCUACAAGCGGCCAUUAUAGACAGGCUUCACACAUCCAUCUCAUUGGUUGAUCUGUUCAAAGGUAGCACGUUGGCAAAAAUGGCGGCCAAUACCCUUUCCGCCCUGGACACCGAAAAAGAUUCCUUCAACUGGGAAGCAGAGACAACCCUCCCAAUGGAUACCUUAGUCUUAUCCGGAGCAGCCGCGAGCCGCAAAGUUCAUCGUCACCCUCGCUGCGUCGCCUUGACUGGCUCCACCGGCUUCAUUGGCCGUACCAUGCUUCGCGAACUGCUGGCCUCGCCGCAGGUCGAAAAAGUCCAUUGCCUUGCUGUGCGAAGCCCACAGCGCUUGUCAUCUUUCACGCAGUCUCCCAAGUUGGUUAUCCACAGGGGCGAUCUUAAUCAUCCAACACUAUCUCUGGACGAAGAGACUGCGGCUUCCUUGGCUUCAACUGUGGAUCUUUUCAUCCACAACGGUGCCGAUGUGUCGUUCCUCAAGACCUACGAUUCCCUUCGCGCACCGAACGUCGGUAGCACAAAGAGCCUGGUCCGCCUAGCUGCGCCUCGGAAAGUACCGAUUCACUACAUCUCGUCUGCUGUAGUGGGUCGCAUGAUUCCAUUCGCCGAAUCAUUUGCUGAGGUUUCGGUGAAGGACUUUGCGCCUCCACAAGACUACGCCGAUGGCUAUGGGACAUCCAAAUGGGUCAGCGAGGUUCUUCUGGAGAAGGCAAAUGCGGAGCUCGGCAUCCCAGUUUGCAUACAUCGACCUUCAAACGUCACCGGAGCAGAAGUGCCGGAGGACGACAUCAUGCACAAUCUGAUGUCGUAUUCUCGUCAAAUGAGGACUGUUCCACGGUCUGAGCGAUGGAAGGGUGUCCUUGACUUUGUUUCGGUCGAGAGUGUCGCCAACGGAGUGUUGAAAGAGGCCAUGAACAACAAGGGACAUAAAGAAAUGAUGUUCAAGCACCAGAGCUCUGAGGUUGUGGUGCCGAUGAACGGGCUAAGGGAAUACAUGGAAAAGGAAACCGGAGGGGAAAGGUACCGAGAAGUGCCAUUUACGGAGUGGAUAGGGCUUGCGAAGCAGCACGGUAUGAACGGACUGGUGGCCGCUUACCUAGAAGAAGCCGAGAAAGGUGCCGGAAUUUCGACAUUCCAAAGACUUAUCAGAUGA